ACGCGGUGCAGAGGUGCCCUUGAGGUCCCCUUGCGGCCCCACGCUCUUUUGCCGGCGUCUUCGCUUCGCUGCUCUCUCUCCCCAUUCGGCGCGACCCUUCCUUCAUGAAUUUGCGCUUCCCACGAGCGCGAGAAGCGGGCUGCCAUCAUGUCGAACGCAAAUAGCAUCAAGGUUGUGGCUCGAUUUCGCCCGCAGAACCGGGUUGAGAUCGAGUCGGGCGGUCAGCCCAUCGUCCGCUUCGAUGGUGACGACACGUGCACAAUAGAUUCUAAAGAAGCCCAAGGCACCUUCACAUUCGACCGCGUGUUUGAUAUGUCAAGCAAGCAGGCCGACAUCUUCAACUUCUCCAUCAAGUCCACCGUCGACGAUAUCCUCAACGGCUACAAUGGCACCGUCUUCGCCUACGGCCAGACGGGCGCGGGCAAGUCGUACACGAUGAUGGGCACGAGCAUCGACGACGAGGAAGGCAAGGGUGUGAUUCCGAGGAUAGUCGAGCAGAUCUUCACCAACAUUCUGUCCAGCGCCGCGAACAUUGAAUACACGGUUCGCGUCAGCUACAUGGAGAUUUACAUGGAAAGGAUCCGCGAUCUGCUGCAACCCCAAAACGACAACCUCCCGGUCCACGAAGAGAAGAACCGCGGCGUUUACGUCAAGGGGCUCCUGGAGAUCUACGUCUCGAGCGUACAGGAGGUGUUCGAGGUCAUGCGGAGGGGUGGGAAUGCCAGAGCGGUGGCCGCGACGAACAUGAACCAGGAAUCCUCGCGCUCGCACUCGAUAUUCGUCAUCACCAUCACCCAGAAGAACGUCGAGACAGGCUCGGCGAAGAGCGGCCAGCUGUUCCUGGUCGACUUGGCAGGUAGCGAGAAGGUUGGCAAGACGGGCGCCAGCGGCCAAACGCUGGAGGAGGCGAAGAAGAUCAACAAGAGCUUGAGCGCUCUCGGCAUGGUCAUCAAUGCGCUGACGGACGGAAAAUCGUCUCACAUUCCCUACCGCGACUCGAAACUCACCCGUAUUCUCCAGGAGUCUCUAGGUGGCAACAGCCGGACGACCCUCAUCAUCAACUGCUCCCCAAGUAGCUACAACGAUGCCGAGACGCUCAGCACCUUGCGCUUUGGAAUGCGGGCCAAGUCUAUCAAGAACAAGGCCAAGGUCAACGCCGAACUGAGCCCUGCCGAGCUCAAGAUGAUGCUCGCCAAGGCCAAGACGCAAAUCACCACUUUCGAGAACUACAUCGCCAACCUGGAGGGCGAGGUACAAUUGUGGCGUGCUGGCGAAACGGUGCCCAGGGACAAAUGGGUGCCGCCUCUCACCGCGGAUGGCGUGGCAGGAGCGAGGGCCGAAGCGCGGCCGGCCAGACCGUCGACACCUUCCCGGUUACUGCCCGACAGGUCCGGGGCGGAAACGCCAGGCAUUUCAGAGCGGGCGGGGACACCAAGUCUGCCGCUGGACAAGGAUGAGCGGGAAGAGUUCUUACGGCGCGAAAACGAGCUCCAGGACCAGCUUGCUGAAAAGGAGACCCAAGCGGCCGCGAUAGAGAGGCAGUUGCGGGAAACGAAGGAAGAGCUCGCCAUUCUCAAGGAGCAUGACGCGAAGAUCGGAAAGGAAAACGAGCGACUAAUUAGCGAGGCUAACGAGUUCAAGAUGCAGCUGGAGAGGCUAGCGUUUGAGAACAAGGAGGCGCAGAUCACGAUGGACGGCCUGAAGGAUGCCAACUCGGAGCUCACGGCUGAACUAGACGAGAUCAAGCAGCAAAUGCUCGACAUGAAGAUGAGCGCCAAGGAGACGAGCGCAGCGCUAGACGAGAAGGAGAGAAAGAAGGCGGAGAAGAUGGCCAAGAUGAUGGCAGGCUUCGACCUGAGCGGAGACGUGUUCAGCGACAACGAGCGGGCCGUCGCGGACGCGAUCGCGCAAUUAGACGCCCUGUAUGAGAUCAGCUCCACCGGCGACCCGAUCCCGCCAGAUGACCUCAAGGCACUGCGGGAGAAACUGGUCGAGACCCAAGGGUUUGUGCGGCAGGCCGAGCUCUCGGCGUUCAGUGCGGCGUCGAGCGAGGCCGAGGUGCGCAAGCGUGAGGAGCUCGAGGCUCGGCUAGAGGCGCUGCAACUCGAGCACGAAGAGAUCCUCUCGCGUAACCUGGACGAGGUGGACAAGGCGGAGGUCAAGGCCAUGCUUGCCAAGACCCUGUCGGACAAGUCGAGCGCCCAGGUCGAGCUGGUCGAAAGCCUCAAGGCCGAUCUCGCGCGCCGGGCAUCGGAGAACGACCGGCUUAAGGCGCUGGUCGACGACCUGCAGCGGCGCGUCAAGGCCAACGGGGCGGUGCCCAUGGCCAACGGCAAGACGGUGCAGCAGCAGCUGGCCGAGUUCGACGUCAUGAAGAAGAGCCUGAUGCGCGACCUGCAGAACCGGUGCGAGCGCGUGGUGGAGCUCGAAAUCUCGCUCGACGAGACGCGCGAGCAGUACAACAACGUGCUGCGCAGCAGCAACAACCGCGCCCAGCAGAAGAAGAUGGCCUUCCUCGAGCGCAACCUCGAGCAGCUGACGCAGGUGCAGCGCCAGCUCGUCGAGCAGAACUCGGCGCUGAAGAAGGAGGUUGCCAUCGCCGAGCGCAAGCUGAUCGCCCGCAACGAGCGCAUCCAGAGCCUGGAGAGCCUGCUUCAGGAGAGCCAGGAGAAGAUGGCUCAGGCCAACCACAAGUUCGAAGUGCAACUCGCCGCCGUCAAAGAUCGGCUCGAGGCGGCCAAGGCCGGCAGCACGCGCGGGCUCGGCUCGCCGACCGGCUUCGGCGGCUUCAACAUCGGCAGCCGCAUCGCCAAGCCGCUCCGCGGCGGCGGCAACGCGAGCAGCGGGUCCGCCGCCACCGCCCUCCCCACCAUCGCGAACCUGCAGAGCCCGCCCGAGAAUAAGAGAUCGAGCUGGUUCUUCCAGAAGUCGUGAGGCGCAUGCGCCCUGCCCGCAGUCGCUGCCACUGUCAUUUUGCGUGCUUCCUGGGUGGGUGGACCUGUUUAGAGCUGGGUUGAGCGGGGGCGUCUAGC